AUGGCCCCUCCCAAGCCCUACUUCGAUACCGUUUCCUCCAAGACCGAAUACGACCGGCUCGCUCCACGCGCAUUCCUCUCCGACGUGACUGGGAAGAGUACGAGCGGCUGGGGCGAGGCACAGUUAGCAGCAUGCCGAGUUCUUGUCGCACCAAACACCAAGAACAACCUGCUACCCAUCCUACUGACGGCGGGCUGCGGUCCAACAGAGGCAUUUCAAAAACGUCUCAAACUGGAUCCUAGCUCUGAUGAGGGCAACGAUAGCUCGGACCGGUCUAUCUCCCACCUGCAGAGAAUCUGCCGAGGCCCGCAACACCACCAGCCACAGACCGAACACCAGAACGUAUGGACUUAUGGCCAGUCGUUGGGUCAACUUUGGGCCAGCUUGGACAAGGUGAAAGCUAGCAGCUCUCACCAUCCAAUCGGCGACGGGUUAGGCGAGCUUGAGGAGGCGAGAGGAGUUGAGGAGAUACAGGCAUUCAGUGGCGAGCUUGACGAGCCCAGCGAUCCCAGUGAUCCCAGCGAGCCCGACGAGCCCAACGAGACUAGUCGGGGAGACGGUAGCAAAUCGAACGGAGGCAGCGAAGCCGUUGGGUCGGGCGACAAUCCGAUCAACAUUAAUGAAGCACCUGGCGGCGACUCUUCGCGCAAGCGCAAGGUGCCGGAGUCCAACAGCUCCUCGCCGAUCCCCCGACGGCCGAAAAGACAAGUCAAACCGCCGCAGCACCCGGGCUUCGCACGCUCAGAUCAGAUAGAUCUCUCGUCGAGCCAAACCACUGCCCCUCCGAUCGGCUCGUCACCCGACGUCUUCUACGGCCCGCCAAGCCCUAAAGCAGAUCAAACCUGCCAUCCCGAGACCCUCACCGUCCACCUCGUCUCAUCUUUUAUCAGACAAGCUCUUCCUUGGUUACCCUCCCAGGCUAACCCCAAAGCCGACCCGGUCGUCAUGUUGGAGGAUGCCCAAGCCACGUUCCAGGUCCAGCACGGCGAGCUCCAAUUCACGUCUCGUGACGACGGCGGUCUUGUCGCCUUCUGUGACGGUAGGCGCCGCGGUCGUGUCGCUCUAAUUGAGGCGAAGCGUUUCGUCGACAGCUAUUCAGAAGGCGAGCUCUCGCUGUCGGACAAACGUUUCGGCCAGAUGAUCGGGGAGGCGCUCGCGGUGAGGUUCCAACAAGAGCCUACAGUUUGGGCGGGACCUAAAGAAACAAUCAUCGUCAUCGCUGCAGCUCGACAUUACCUCCGCUUUCUGCAAGUAGGCAUUUCCGAACUGUACCUCAACCAGCUGAAGAUGCAUGCGCAAGGCGGUAACGAUGCCUUGACCGAUUUCAUCUACGUCAGUGCCACUCGUUGGUUAGACCUUGCUGAUGCCUCCGACCGACGCCAUACCGUGCAGAACCUGGAGGGAAUUGUGCGUUUGGUCCACAAACAGCUUAGUGGAUGA